CCAGUGCGAGCUUGGCAGUAGAGGUGAAAUUGGCUCCUCUGCCAAUCUAAUGGAAAAUCGCUUCUUUGAGAAAGUGUCAUCUGCAAUCGUGUUAAACAAAUCAAACAUUCGUCUUAGACGCGACAAUUGCCGUAAACAACAAAUCCUGCUCCUGCUAUUAUGUUGUUUAAACGGAUCAUUGAAGGAAAGUCCAUGUUGAACGCGGAUGCCAAGAACAUUUCGCCGGAGAAAUGUUCUAGAAGGAGGUCGGAAUGUGAUGGAUGUAGUGAACAUUCCACUAUAUUGGAAGAAAUGAUGAAGAUGGUGUUACUUGGUGUGGUGCUCUGGGCGGGAGUCACCUUCGGGAGUCAUGUGGCUCCUUAUCCUCUAAAUCUUAUUUUAUCUACUGACAUUAGUCAUCCUCCACCUAUGUAUGAUUAUCCGUUUCCGAGUGCUGAAAUGUUGAGGAGGUUACCGCCUGUUACUGCACUGCACACAAACAGGUCGAUAAGGAUCAGCAAGCUAGAAGUAUCCAUGUUGGAAAGGUUGGAAAUAAACUUGCAGUCCGCUGGGAUCACUCCUAAAGCGGGCUCCGCUGCGCUUGGUCUGGCGAUCGACGGUUCCGUCUCCGAAAAUGCCAUGCACUAUGAGAAGUCAUCGAUGACGAUCACCAAAGCGUCUCAGAAUCUAGUCUACACGAGGUGCCGAAGAUAUGGUUUGCCAAAUGAUGAGUGUGCGAGUUUCAUCAGCACGUUGAAUUUGCGUGAGAGUGAGUUUGGUGGCGAGUGUGCGGCUCUAGAGCGUUUCACUUGUCAUACAAAUAAGAUGUCCUCGAAGUAUCGUACUUUCGAUGGUUCCUGCAACAAUCCUGUGCGGUCUUCAUGGGGUCAGGCACUCACCGGCUACAAACGUCUUCUGCAUCCCAGAUAUGCCGAUGGCAUUGAAGAGCCUCGUCGCGCUUUGAGCCACAAUGCGCUGCCGUCUCCUCGCGCAGUCAGUACUAAGCUUACAAGCAACUUGGAUGUGCCAAACAAUGGCAAGACCAUGGCAUUAGCCAUCUGGAGUCAGUUUGUCUACCAUGAUCUGGUGCACACUCCAGUUCGCAAAACAAUUCACACGAACCAAGCUAUCCGGUGCUGUGGAAACGAUGGGUUCCCUCUUAGUCCAAGAUACAUCCAUCCGAGCUGUAUGCCCAUCUCUGUGCCUCAUGAUGAUCCUUUCUACAAGGAGAAGUACGUCACUUGCAUGGAGUACACUCGAUCCGUCACUACCUACAGAGGAGACUGCACUUUUGGAGCUGCUGAGCAGAUGAACCAGGCGACACACUUCCUUGAUGGAUCAAACAUUUAUGGCGCAAACAGUUAUGAUGCGGCAGCCCUACGUGAGAGGACCGGGGGUCUUCUAAAGACUGCUCAAAUUGAAGACGAAGAACAUCUGCCAUUAGCUGCCAACCCUACUGAGCAGUGUCUAGUGGACAGCAAAACUGGAACUUGCUUUAACACCGGUGAUGCUCGUGCCAACACCCACCCAUGGCUAGCGAGUAUGUACUCCAUUUGGGUGAGAGAACACAACCGCAUCGCUCGUACCCUGGCCACUCUCAAUCCUGGCUGGAACUCCGACCGUCUGUACCAUGAAGCGAGAAGGAUUGUCAUUGCUGAACUCCAACACAUCACCUAUAAGACCUGGUUGCCAGCACUUACUGGAAAGUCCUUCGAUGAGCUAUACGAGAGUUAUGACCCAGGAUACGUCUCAGAGAUUGACCCCACAAUCACCAACUCCUUUGCCACUGCUGCCUUCCACUUCGUCAAUAGCCUUCUUGACCAGGACAUUGAGCUCGUUGACAAAGACAACACUGUGACACCUCACCGUCUUCUAAACAACUACUUCAAGCCAGAGCUGGUCUCACAGAAGGGAGGAUUGGAGAAGAUCUUGAGAGGAAUGGUCAGUCAGAAGAGCCAGGGAAUGGACUUCAACUAUGAUGAUGAUCUCCGUCAACAAUGGUUGGGUGGUCUAGAUGUGCUGGCUGUGGACAUCCAACGUGGUCGUGACCAUGGUCUACCUGGCUACACCCAGUACCGCACUCUCUGUGGCUUGCCUGCCGUCUCCAGCUUCCAACAACUCAGUGACGUCAUGCCAGAAGAGACAAUUGAAAAACUGGCAAAACUGUACGAGAAUUCUGGUGACAUCGACCUGGUCAUUGGUCUGAUGGCAGAGUCGCCUGUCCCUGGAUCUCUUUUGGGACCCACAGCCAUUUGCAUUAUCAAGGAACAACUUUGGCGCACAAAGGCAGGAGACAGAUAUUUCUACAGCCACCAAGAUGAAGCUGGCAAGUUCACUAAGAGGCAGCUUGCUGAAAUCAAGCGCUCAUCUCUCGCAAGACUGCUUUGUGACAAUACACCGUUUGAUAGAAUUCAGAAGGAUGCCUUCCAGCCGGUGUCUGAAAGCAAUCCUAUCGUCCCAUGUGAAGAAAUCAAAAAGGUCAACUUGGAAGCGUGGCAGGCGUCAACAGAACAGCCUGACAUUCUCACUCGCACCAACAAUUGGCUCAAAAACAAAGUCGGCAGCUCAGGGAACUCCACUAAGUAGAUUCUCGCCUUUAGAAUAAGUAUAUUUUAUUUAUCUGCAGUGCAAGUUCGGCCAAUAUAUUUAGAUUUAGUAUUUGCUAUAGGUAAUAAUCCAUCAAGUACUUAACAAACUGCUUGAUGUUUGAAACAUAGUUGUAGUAAGAAUACCAUGAAGUUCUAUCUAUGAAUUUAAACAAAUGCGUAGUAUAGAGAAUGUAUUAAGACUGUUCCAGCUUGCAUUGUAGAAUUUAAGUAUAUUGUAGUCGAGCGUUACAGUAUUUUGUUUAAUUGUGACAGUGUGUUUAUUUAGUUAGUCGUAGAUAGAACCACGUUCCUCGAUACUAAGUCGAAAGUGAACUUUAAGUCGUACGGCUUAAGUGUGUCGACCAUUCGGAUGUCUUUUGAGAUUUGUAUCUGCAAUGAAGACAGGUUUGGUCGUAUGUCUGUCGUGUGAUUGUACCGUGUCGUACAGUGGCUGUGAUAUGUGGACGUUAAGUCCACUGCAUAGAGGAAGAAGUCUCGAGCCCGAGACGUGAGUUUAUGAUUCUCGAGAUCCAUAUGUUAAAAGAUCCGAGAAUUGUUCCUGAUAACAAAAACGAAACUUUAACAUCUGAAACAGAAUUUGAGCAUGAUCGUUUCGUGCUAGUUUGAAGUACUUAGAUAGUAAAGCAAGCCAGGGUAAUUUCUAUAGAAGAUUGAACAACUUUCGGAGAACCACUUAGAUCAGUCUACCCUGGUGAAGAUUUGUGGGUUGUACUGUAAUAGGUAAAAUCAACAUCAAGUUUAUCUAUACCUUGAUUCUUACAAACAUCUUUUGGCUUCUCGAUACGGCUAAUAAGGAAAUUCUCGUGAGAGUGAAAAUAGUAUCAGUAGUCUUUAAAGCGACGCACGAUGCAAUCCAAAUAAGGAUUUUUGGCUCUUGGUGACAUAACGAGGCUAACCAGUUUUCACUGUAAUUUAUGAUAGCUUGAGUAACAUGGUCAUUAUUUUGAUCGUUAUCGUUCGUCGUGAGUUGUGGUGCAUCCAAGUGCGGUCUUUCUUAGAUGUUUGCACUCAUACACUUGCAUAUUUGGUCCCAGUAUUUCUUGCAUCUUAGUUUCAUUCUCUUAACUUGUUUCCUGUUGUUAUCUCGUCUUGUUUUCGAGUUCUAUCUUUACUCUUGUGAAUUACUUAUUUGAUAGUUUUAAGGUUCAAUUAUUUUUCUUUUUUGUUAACAACGAAAUUUUGGAGUGAUGGCGAAAAAUUAAUGCCAAAGACUGGAAUAUAACUGAUAGCGGCUAGUUUUCUUAUUGUUACAACCUUUUACUUACAUGGAAUUGUAAAAUUGGUUUAAUAUUUUUUCAAAAGUUUUUUUUUUUAUGUAUUGUUUAGGUAUUGAGCUUAAAAAAUAAUUUGUCAAUUAUACUUAAAUGUUAAUUUGUAUUUAAUUUUAACACUCUUGCUCUCGAAAACAUGCAAUUUGUAAUACGUUUCAUGUUUAUUACUGUUCUUAAAAUUAUCGUGCAUAAGUGUACUUAUAAAAUAAAGAUACCGACCGAAUUGAGAACCUCCCCCUUUUUAGUAAGUCGGUGAAUGAUUGCACAAUACUUUAUGUAAUGUAAAUAAUAGAUAAUUACUUCUUGGAUUUGGAUGAAAGCAAUUACAAGGGACUUUUUGAGAUUCUUAAUUAAUAGGGUUAUUAAAUCAAAGUGCUUACUGCCAUACUCAGAGACAUUUAAUGAUUACUUAAACUAUUCCUUGAAUUUGUUCCAAAAACAAUUGCUAAGGCCUGGUUUAAGUAAUCAUUAAAUGACUUUGAGUGGGGCGGUUAGUGAUGUAAAUAAAAUAAAUACUUUGACUUUAAACUCUGUUUUGAUGUUGGUGUUUUUGUCACAAAUUCAACCGCAUUAUUUUACGAUAACUGCCAAAAUAUAUAUUUAUCGAUAUCUAUUGAUACUUUACUUUUAAUUAAUGUGUAAUGAUUUAAAGAAUGUGAAUGUUAACUAUAUUUUUUUUUGCGAACAAAUUGAAAUUAAUUUAAUUAUGUUUUUUUGAAAUCGGAUGUCUUGUUGAAUUUUUGCGACAAUUCACAUUUUGGAAAUUGUUAAAAUUGUUUUGAAGAUUAUCUAUCUUUGUUUGAAGAUUUGUUUUAUUAGAUUCUUGUAUUUUGUAAAUUGUCGCAAAAAUUACUCUCCUAUACCUAAGUUCUUUUUAUACGUCAAUAAAUUUAUUUACCAUGUA